AUGGCUCUACCUUCCUCAGUUCCUGUUGGAAGGAGUUCUUCAAGUUACAUGAAUCUGGCUUAUUCUUCAGCAUACCAUCCUCAAAGUGAUGGUCAAACUGAAGAUGUAAACAAGUGUUUAGAGCAAUUUUUAAGGUGCUUUUUAGUUUAUGGUGUACCACCUACUCCACUUCAAGAAUAUGUUAAAGGUCUCCCAUCUAAUCAAACUGUGGAAGAAUUGUUGAAGUCUCGUGAACAGAUAUUGGACAUUUUGAAGACUAAUAUGUUGUUGGCACAAGAGAGAAUGAAAUUUCAGUAUGAUAAGCAGCAUACUGAGAGGGCUUUUGCAGUUGGGGAUUGGGUCUAUUUAAGGGUUCAACCUUAUAGACAGAAGUCCUUGGCAGUGAGGAGAAACAUGAAGUUGUCACCUAAAUUUUUUGGUCCUUUUCAAAUAUUGGAAAGGAUUGGCCAAGUGGCUAAUAGGCUUGAAUGA